UGUGUAGUCGCCAAGUCGCCAGUAUUCCCCACCCUCCCUCCACGAGAGAAGACGGAGCACGGAGAAAGCGAACGGCCGCGGCGAUGCUCUACAUAGUCGGCCUCGGCCUUGGCGACGAGCGCGACAUCACGGUGCGGGGGCUCGACGCCGUCCGCCGCUGCGCCAAGGUCUACAUGGAGGCCUACACCUCCCUCCUCUCUCUCGGCCUCGACCCCGCCUCGCUCGCCAACCUCGAGAAGAUGUACGGCAAGGAGAUCACGGUUGCCGACCGCGAGAUGGUAGAGGAGCGCGCGGACCAGAUGCUGAGCGAGGCCGCGGACGCCGACGUCGCCUUCCUCGUCGUUGGCGACCCGUUUGGGGCGACCACACACACUGAUUUGGUUGUUCGUGCCAAGAACAUGGGGGUAGAGGUUAAGGUUAUCCACAAUGCAUCUGUCAUGAAUGCUAUUGGCGUUUGUGGGUUGCAACUUUACCGCUAUGGAGAGACCAUCUCUAUACCUUUCUUCACAGAGACAUGGAGACCAGAUAGUUUCUACGAGAAAAUUCAGAACAGUCGUCGACUUGGCUUGCAUACUCUUUGCCUACUAGACAUCCGUGUUAAGGAGCCAACACUUGAGUCCUUAUGCAGAGGAAAGAAAGUGUACGAACCAGCAAGAUUCAUGACUGUGAACACUGCAAUAAGUCAGCUUUUGGAGGUGGAGGAACUGCAUGGGGGAUCUGCAUAUGGUCCAGAUUCACUAUGUAUGGGUGUAGCUCGCCUUGGAAGCGAUGAUCAGAAGAUUGUGGCUGGCCCCAUGAAGAAAUUACUAGAUGUUGAUUUUGGACCACCCCUUCACUGUCUCAUUAUAGUGGGAGAGACUCACCCUGUGGAACAAGAGAUGCUAGAAUUCUACAUGAUCAAGUAGUGAUGAGCUUUCAUAUGAGGAACCUGUAAUCUAGAUGCAUGGUCCCCUUAUGAAGAAAAGAAGCUCUCUUGAAGCGUGGAUAUUUGCUGAAUUUUGCACUCGGAAGUGUCCACCAGGAGUUUGCUGCUGCCUGCUGUAUCGGUUACUCGUCCACCGAAUAGAACAGACCUUGGUUACUCAUUCGCAAACAUUGAUCAUAAUACGCCGAAUUAUCUUCUUCUUCCAUGUUGUAUGUGCACACGUCUAUCAUUUGGAAAGUUUGCAGAUCCAUAUUGCAUUA